AUGUCCUCGCUCCGCCUCGCCAUCCUCGCGUCCAUGCGCGAGGCGGGCAUCACGAGCCCGCAGCAGGCGCCCUCGGCGUCGCCGCCGCGCAAGCGCAAGAGCCCGCAGCCCAAGAAGGACUCGCAGCCCAAGAAGAAGAGCCGCCCCGCCGCCUCGCCGCCGCCGCCCAAGAAGAGCCCCGCCAAGAAGGCCCGGCCGCCGCCGUCGUCCUCGUCGAGCGACGACGACGACGACAGCAGCGACGACGAGCCCGUCGGCCUGCGGCCCGCGGCCAAGCUGCCGCGCGCGCCGUCGCUGCCGGACCUCAAGACGCCGAAAGCGCCCAAACCCAAGCCGACGCCCAAGCCCAAGCCGGCGCCGAAGCCGCGGCCGUCGCCCAAGCCCGAGGCGCCGCCGCGGACGCCGGGCUCGCCCGCGCCGCCCAAGAAGAAGAAGCCCCCGGUCAAGCGCAGCGUCUCGGCGCCCGUGCUCUCGCCGCCGCCUGCCGAGGCCCCAGCGGGCGGGCCGCGGCCGGGCCGGUCGGCGGCCAAGGAGGCGGCGCGGCGCAUCGCGAGCCACGACUACCAGAGCCCCGAGGCCAAGGCCGCCGCCGCCCAGGCCGCGGCCCUGGCGGCCGAGAAGGAGCGGCGGCGGCCGCCGCGGCCGCCGCCGAAGCCGCGGACGCCCCAGGAGGACCAGAAGUGGGCGCAGUGCGACCGCUGCGGCACGUGGCGGCGGCUGCCGCCCCACGUCGACGUCGACCGCCUGCCCGAGCGCUGGUUCUGCGAGAUGAACGUCUGGGACGCGGCGCGCGCGCGCUGCGACGCGCCCGAGCCCGGCGCGACGACGCCCGAGGCGGCGGCGGCGCCGCUCGAGUCGCCGGGCGCGGAGCCGCAGUGGGUCCAGUGCGACGGCUGCCAGAAGUGGCGCCGCGUGCCCCAUUACGUCGACGUCGCUUCGUUGCCGGACCGCUGGUUCUGCGCCAUGAACCGCUGGGACCCGCUCCGGAACUCGUGCGCCGCGCCCGAGGAGACCGCGGAGGAGCAGCUCGCUCCCAAAAAACGGCGCGGUCCGGCACCGGGCAAGCCCGCGCGGCGCGCGCCCGAGUCCGCCGGCGCGAAGCGGGGCCGGAACCAGUACACGGCGCGGCGCGACGCCGAGGAGCGCGCGCGCGCCGAGGCGCGCGCGGCGGGCCGGCCCUGGCCGCCGCCCGGCGGCUUCCGCUGGGAGCCCGCGCGGCCGUCUCCACAAAGGCCGCCGCGGAGCCCGCCGCGCGGGCCCGCCGCCGCCUCUUCUGCACAGCCGCGCGGCGGCGCGCCGUACCUCCAGGCCGCGCGGCCGCCCAAGCCCAAGCCGGUCUGGAACUGGGUCCAGUGCGAGCGCGCGGCCUGCCGGAAGUGGCGGCGUUUGCCCUUGUCGCUCAAGCCCGAGGCCCUGCCGGACGCCUGGGUCUGCUCGAUGAACACGUGGGACCAGCGGUUCGCGUCGUGCGAGGCCGCCCAGGAGGACGAGGACGCGAUCGACGACGGCCAGUCGGAAAAAAAGCUCAGCUUCCGCGAGAUCAUUUUCAACGCCGAGGGCAAGUACCGGCCGCCCUUCUCGGAGCGCUCCGCCGUGUCGUCGAUCUUCGCCGUGGGCACGACGACGGUCAACGGGCGGACGCGCGACGUCGCGGCCUACGAGGACUCGCCCGUCUACGUCGACGCGCACGCCUUCCUGUCGCCCCUCCCGCGGCGGAGCUCCGCGGAGCAGCUCCAGCCGCUGCUGCCGCGGCGGUCGAGCGAGCCCGACCGGCUCGGGGCCUAG